AUGGCCUCUGCGACCACCCAUGUCAAUUUCUUUCACAACCCUUUCCACGCUUCGCUUGACCAAAAGGAUAACGUCCAAGCAACUUUUAUUCAACACCACCCACGUCAGAAAUUGAUCAUCACAAAGAAGGACGACGGCGAAUUUCUUAAAGCUCCUGUUGAAAAACCCAAGUGGCAAAAUGCAACCAUUGGCCAAAAGGCUGCUCCUGAACACGACUUCAUCCAAACCAGAAAAAUGGUCAUCGCUCCAACUAUUUUGGAUUACCAACAAAAACAAGAACCCGAACCCCAGAAAUCCACACAAACACCUCCACACUUUUCACCCACCCAUACACAACCAAAACCAUUUAACGCGUACUUCAAAGAGAAAAGCGCAAAACGGAAGGCAAAUGGCGACAGCGCACCAACGUGCACGUUUAUAACAAGUAACAACGGUAACAGGCAACUUUUGAGCCCCCCAAAACGUAUCCAACAUAUCGAAGUGGACGAACUUCAAAAUGAAAAGAAGCGCAAGUACUUUACUUUGAAAGGGAAAGAUCAAGGUGGGUUAAUGUUGGCUCCUCGACUUAAGGUGAAGCCUCAUUUCAAAGAGCAGAAAAACAAAGAAGAAACGAAGUUCGAUAACGAAUUCUGUAACCAAUUCAAGGUGUUAAAAACAACCCGAGCAGAGACAUUUGAUUUCAAAAUGUCUAACGUCGGGAAAAUGACGUUUGUCAUGUCAGUAUGA